AUGAAGAUAUAUACGUCGAAGGCCGUCACGGCAGUGGCCUUCCUGCUGAGUGCGAUCCCAUCAUGUCUGGCAGAAGAUCCUAAGAUCAAGGGAUGCUACAAAGAUUCCGGCAGCUUGAAGGACAUGGGGCCCACCAAGUACCAGAGUGUAGGAGCCUGUCGAGACCUUUGCGUGAAGUCCCAGAGUGCUGUAUUUGCGCUUCAUGACACAAACCGAUGCUCUUGCGGUGAUAAAUAUCCUCCAGUGGACCUCAAGGCCGCACCUUCAGACAAGACCUGCGUGCUCGUUAAAUGUCCUGGCUUUGAUCAAGAUCAAUGUGGUGGAAAGAACAGCUAUGCGAUCUACCUGACCGGUCUAGUCGACGACCCGGCAACAGAAGGCAGCGCAGACGACGGCGAUGCCACGAAGACCUCACAACCUCCUCAGGCAACAAUUACUGAGGGAGGGCACACCGUCAUCGUCACGCCCACCCCAAAGCCGUCAGGCCCCAACAAGGCUGGAAUCGCCGCCGGAGUAGUCGUCGGCGUCGUGGCCAUCGGUGCCAUCAUCGGCGGUGCCAUUUUCUACCUCAAGUACAGAAAGCGACAGAAAGUGGUUGACGAGUACCGUCGCAACGCAACGAUUAACAACUUCGUCGCAGGAGGAAAGCCAUCUUAUAGCCAGAGCUCGGCGGAUUCGCGAUUAGACCCCAGCAUGACAUCUCAGCGCCGCCAGAGCAACGGCAGCAUUGCUGAUGACCAGGACUUCUCACGACGAGUUUUGAAGGUCACCAACCCGGAUGGAAAUUAUUAA